UUAAGGCAGUAGGCAUGAGCUGGGUGGAAGGGGUAGUACCCAUGGUCUCUGGCUGGUCUGGUUAGGGGAAAGCUGGCAGCCAUUUCUCCCUGACCCUGACUUCUUUCGCGCGGAGAUGUGGCUGGCGGAGGAGACGCAAAGGAGGUGGCUAGGAGCGUCCCCGCCAAGCCGGCCCCUCUAAGCUCUGGCUGACCCUGUGGUCAUUAGCCUAGCCCGCUUGUGGGCCUCAUCGACCCAACUCUCCUUUAAUUCCUUUUCUUCAUUCGUUUGUCCUUCACUUCUACUCUCUGCCGGUCCAUUGGGCAUCAUGAAGCAACUGCCCAUCUUGGAGCCUGGAGACAAGCCCAGGAAAGCUACCUGGUACACUUUGACUUGCCCUGGAGACAGGCCCUGCCCUCGAGUUGGUCACAGCUGCUCAUAUUUCCCCCCAGUUGGCGAGGCCGAGAGCGGGAAGGUCUUCAUUGUCGGGGGAGCAAAUCCAAACCAAAGUUUCUCAGAUGUACACACCAUGGACUUGGGAACACACCAGUGGGACACGGCCACCAGGGAGGGCCUCUUGCCUCGGUAUGAGCAUGCCAGCUUCCUUCCCUCCUGCUCUCCUCACAGCAUCUGGGUGUUUGGAGGUGCAGAUCAGUCAGGAAAUCGCAACUGUCUGCAAGUCAUGAGUCCUGAAGCCUGGACGUGGAGCACACCAGAAGUGACUGGCUCCCCACCAUCCCCAAGAACAUUCCACACAUCGUCCGCAGCUAUCGGAAACCAACUAUACGUCUUUGGGGGAGGAGAGAGAGGUGCCCAGCCCGUGGAGGACGUGAAGUUGCAUGUAUUUGACGCAAACACUCUGACGUGGUCUCAGCCGGAGACGCAUGGAAGUCCUCCGUCUCCUCGGCAUGGCCAUGUGAUGGUGGCAGUGGGCACAAAACUCUUCAUCCACGGGGGAUUGGCAGGGGACAAGUUCUUUGAUGAUCUCCAUUGCAUUGAUAUAGGUGACAUGAGCUGGCAGAAGCUUGGUCCCACCGGGGCUGCUCCAGUCGGCUGUGCUGCCCAUGCCGCGGUCGCUGUGGGACACCAUGUGUAUAUGUUUGGGGGUAUGACAGCCACUGGAGCACUGAACACGAUGUACAGGUAUCACACAGAAAAGCAGCACUGGACCAUACUUCAGUUUGACACCUCCCUACCCGCUGGACGACUGGACCACUCCAUGUGUGUCAUCCCAUGGCCAGUGACAUCUACCUCUGAGAAUGAAGACUCAGAUUCUGUCAUUCUAACAGUCCAAGCUAAGAAAGGGGACGCUGCUGAGAAAGCAGAGGCCCAGAGUAGAGGGCCACAUGAGGAGAGCCCAACUACUGUGUUGCUCUGUUUUGUGUUCGGUGGGAUGAAUACAGAAGGGGAGAUCUAUGACGACUGUCUCGUAACUGUAGUGGACUAAUAAAACCCACAUUUUUAUUACUUGUUACUUUUUACAAAAGUGAAAACUCUGCUGAGUUACACUGCCAAAUACUUUUUGCACAAUAUAUUCUCUCAACCCAGAGCGGUGGUGCACACCAGGCAUAGUAGCAUACACCUUUAAUCCCAGUACUUGGGAGGCAGAGGCCAGCCUGGUCUACAUGGUGAGUUCCAGGACAGCCAGAGCUACAUAGUGAAACCCUGUCUUGAAAAACCAAACAUAAAAUGCAUAUCCAUCUUGCACUUAAUCAACUUUUGUAACUGGAUAGCCCAGUGCAAAUAAUUCCAUUAUAAAGUUUUACCAGCAAUAAAAUCUGUACAUACCCAAGCUAGGUAUUGGAGUAGACAUUUAUGAGUUAGACACCCUUUAAUAUGUAUUAGCUAAUCACUAGAAAAAAGUGCAGGCAAGAGGCUGGAGAGAUAGCUUAGCAGUUAAGAGCUCUUGUUCUUACCAGAGCAGUGUGGGAGAUCCUUAUUUGGUUCAUAAUCACAAUGAUUGGGUGUUCACAGAAUAUGUACCUCCCCUAAACCUUGUUCAGAAGUGGGCAUAUUACCCAUCUGGGAAAAAAAAAGAAAAGCUGGAUGUGGUAGUGCAUGUCUCCAUAGUAGGACCCUGCUGUGUUGUUUUUUUAAAGGAGGGCUGGUAAUGGGGGACAAAGGAUGAGGACUGACUCUUGUUAUUAACCAUCCCCAGAAAUGUUAUUAACAUUUCACUUGGCCCCAAGUACUUGUCAGUGUUUGAGACAAAAAUCUGACAGCAUAGGCCUCAAAUUUGUCAUCCUCCUGCCUCAGUGUCCCAGUGUGCUCUAUCAUGCUUCCUUUUAGGAAGUGUGAAUGGGAGUAAGACAGAUGUGUAGAAUUUCAAGGUGUAACUGUGAAUUUGCUGUAAUCCUCCUGCCUCAGCCAGCCUCCUGAGUGUAGGAAUAAGUAGCCAUGAGCCACCAAGCUGGGUUUUAAAGGUAUCAGGUAGUGUACAGAAAAUAAAUCUCGAGUGGGGGGUGGGCCAUGCGAAGUGGCUCAGUGGGUAAGAGCACUGACUGCUCUUCUGAAGGUCCUGAGUUCAAUUCCCGUUAACCACAUGGUGGCUCACAACCACAUUAGCACUGGACAAAAAUCUUCACUGGUCAAGACUCACUCUCAAAAAUAAGUCAGUUAAAAAAAGUAUGCUUCCGGGGCUGGUGAGAUGGCUCAGCGGGUA